AAGCAAAAUUUCAUUUCUCAUUCAACAGCUCAAUUUGAAAAUGACCAAAACUCUCACAAACACAGACAAAACAAUAAUAAGUGUUAAUUUUUUUGUGUGUACUUCAUAAUAUUAAUAUCUCUCUCUCUCUCUCUCUCUUUUCCUUUCCUUUCAUUUCGUUACCUUUCUUUUCUUUUCUUUUCCUUUCCACUGUUUGGUUUGGAAAUGAAUGGAGAGGGAAUCGGAGGAGGAGAAGAAGAAGCGGAGAGAAUGGAAGUGAUUAGGGAGAAAUUGGUGUACAUGUGGGGGUAUUUGCCCGGAGCUUCGCCGCAGAGGUCGCCGUUGAUAUCGCCGGUGGCUGUUAGGGUUCCGACCGAGACCCUUGGGGGGGACUCCUGGAAAGAUGUUUGCGGCGGCGGUUGUGGUUUCGCCAUGGCCAUUUCUGAUUCCGGAAAGCUCAUUACAUGGGGUUCAACAGAUGAUCUUGGGCAAAGCUAUGUGACAUCUGGGAAGCAUGGGGAAAUUCCAGAGCCAUUCCCUCUCCCAAUGGAAGUUUCGGUAGUGAGAGGUGCGGCGGGUUGGGCACAUUGUGUUGCAGUUACAGAGAGCGGAGAAGUAUACACAUGGGGAUGGAAGGAGUGUGUUCCCUCCGGGAAGGUCUUUGGCGACCCAUCGUUGGGUGGGAGCUCUGAAAAGGAUGUAUUUGAAAGGCAGAGUUCAUUUUUGACAGAGCAAGUGAGCCCUCGCUCUCAAGGCUCUCGAUCAAGUGGCGGAACUGUAUCUGGCACUGAUGCUAAAGGAGGUGGAGAAGAAAGUACAAAACGAAGAAGAAUAUCAUCAGCAAAGCAAGCAGCCGAAAGUUCAUCUUCUGGUGAUGAAACUCUCUCAGCUUUGCCAUGCCUUGUAACACUAAACCCUGGAGUAAGAAUAGCUACUGUUGCUGCUGGGGGGCGUCAUACUUUAGCAUUGUCAGAUAUUGGACAGGUGUGGGGUUGGGGUUAUGGAGGUGAAGGGCAGCUUGGUUUGGGCUCCCGGAUACGUAUGGUUUCCUCUCCUCAUCCUGUACCUUGCAUAGAGUCUCCUUAUGUAAAAGAUAGAUCCACAGCACUCUCUAGAGGAAGCAUGGGUUCUGAGGGACAGGGUUUUAGAGCUCCUGGAAGUUAUAUAAAGGGGAUUGCUUGUGGAGGGCGACACAGUGCUGUAAUUACAGAUGCUGGAGCCCUGCUUACUUUUGGUUGGGGAAUGUAUGGACAGUGUGGGCAAGGAAGUACGGAUGACGAGUUAAGCCCAACUUGUGUUUCUUCCUUACUUGGUAUCCGGAUAGAGGGUGUUGCUGCAGGACUGUGGCACACGGUCUGUAUAUCUGCUGAUGGUGAUGUGUAUGCAUUUGGUGGAAAUCAGUUUGGGCAGUUGGGAACUGGUGCCGAUCAAGCUGAGACUAUUCCAAGGCUAUUGGAAGCUCCAAGCUUGGAAAAUCUGCAUGCAAAAAUUGUAUCUUGUGGGGCUCGUCACAGCGCCUUAAUUACAGAGGAUGCAAAAGUAUUCUGCUGGGGUUGGAACAAAUAUGGCCAGCUUGGGUUGGGCGAUGUAAUUGACCGCAACAUUCCUUCUCAAGUCAUUAUUGAUGGUGGUGUCCCUAGAAAUGUUGCUUGUGGCUGGUGGCACACCCUUCUUCUUGCUGAAUCACCCACUUGAAUUCCAAACUUGCUGGAGGCCUUGGCACAAUUUUGUAGUUAGCAGUUGUUUAGAUUGGUAAAUUAUUUAGUUAUAUGUGUAUGUACAUACAAUAGCCUGUAACGUAUACAUAUAUGCUUGUGUUCAUUCUUUGAUGUCUGAUGUUCACCAUCACUAGCACUAUUUUUAACACCGUUGCGAGAAUGAAGCAUCGGUUUCAAGAUGUGCAAAAUCGUUAAUCCUUAAUGUAUGGAUCUAUUAUGUAAUUGAACUUUAUGAUAUGAAAUCAAAUGUAUUUAAACUUUGUAAUUUUUA